UGACUCGUAAGGAAAACAAAAAAAAAAUUGUGGACAAAAAAGUACUUUCAGCAUCGGCAGCUGAUCCUCAGCCUGCAAGACAGUUCUCAGCCUCAACAGGUGAAGUGAUGAGGCUGAUCGGCGGUCUUUCUUCUCCGGCAACCUAUUCAGGUCUCAUCUUCUCUUAUCCUAACACUAGAACGGCGUCGCAUUCCCUCUCUUCGUCUUCUUCCCACAUUCCAUUUUUUAGACAAUGUUCCUCCUCAAAACAGUCACGUUUCUCCGUAUCAAUGUCCAAAUCGAAAUCUUCGCCUGCCAUUGUUGGUAAAGAGGAUGACGAAACGACAACGUAUCAACAGUUGGAGAACAUCAACGUUUCUCCGAAGUCAGAGAGCGAUUCCCUGAGUAACCAAGUGGGAAGUCCAAGGAUUUUUCCGACCUUUAUUUCGGUUCCCAAAUUGAGCUUAAGCGACCAAGCUUUCUUCCUAUUAUCCUUCAUCACUGUCACGACAUCUUUGGCGUUUACGAGCCUGGCAUUUGCAGCUGUACCAACUCUAUUUGCAAUGCGAAGGGCAGCUAUUUCUUUUUCAAAACUUGCUGACACUGCCCGUGAGGAGCUUCCUAGUACAAUGGCUGCACUCAGGCUUUCUGGGAUAGAAAUCAGUGAUUUAACUCUAGAAUUGACUGAUCUAAGCAAAGAAAUUGCAGAUGGUGUUAGCAAAUCUGCUCAAGCUGUGCAAGCAGCAAAAGCUGGUGUUAGACGAAUAGGUUCUCUUGCGCACCAACACACAAUGUCAAUGAUCGAGGAAAGGGCAAACCUGCCAGUCAUAUCUGUGAAGACAGUUGUUGCUGGGGUAGCAAAGAAAACCUCUCAAGCUGUUGGUCAAGUCGCCAAAAAGUUAAUACCUGGGAACCGUAAUGAUUCAAGUAGUGAAGACAAUUGAAGAACCUAUGCUCAUCUGGGAUUCUGGGGACUGCUUCUGGGGUUUUCUUACUUUGGCUGAGCCCCCAUCGGGUCGCUAGACCUUUUAUUUAAGGACUGUGUAGUGCAUUUUUGAGCGCUUGUUAUAAGUGGUACACGGAGUCACGGACCACACUUGAAUAUUUUUUAGUUUGGAAGUUGCGUGCUGAUUCGUUUAUUUAGGGUGACAUCCAUUGGUGUUGUAUCGCAAUUUAUACCGUCCAAUCGGCAUACCAUGUGCAUGGUAUGCCCGGUUCUAAUACGGUAUCGUUCUUAUGCAAUUAAAAUCGUUUCUCGGAUCCAUCACGGUCUUUUUCUUCUC